AUGAGCUACAACAGAGUGAAGGAGAUCAACAAGGACACCUUCCAAGGCCUGGAGGGCCUGGUACGACUCCACAUGGACCACAACCGCAUCGAGUUCAUCAACCCGGAGGCGUUCUACGGUCUCACCACAUUACAGCUGGUCCACCUGGAGGGCAACCUGCUCCAGCAGCUCCACCCGGAUACCUUCAUCACGCUGAGGCACAGCCAGGUGUUCAAGGUGUCCUCCGUUAGGAACAUCCACCUGUCUGACAACCUCCUCGCCAGCUUACCCAAAGACGUCUUCACUGGCUGCUCUCAGCUGGAGAAUGUCUAUCUCCACGGCAACCCCUGGUCCUGCGACUGUCGCAUGGCUUGGUUCCCAGAGUGGGCGGAGAGGAAUUCAGCUGCGCUGAAAUGCAAGCGAGACAGGAAGUAUGCCAGAGGUCAGGCCUGCCCCGUCUGUGAGACCCCCGCUCCCUCUAGAGGCAAGAGCCUAACCCAGCUUCCCCGUGAUGCCUUCACCUGUACCAAGCCCUGGAUCCACCCCCAUCUGAAGCAGAGGAACGUCAGCCUGGACGAGGGCGAUUACACCCCUGUCUCCCCCCAGGACUUCAUCGCUCCCAUCGGAUCCCUGCAGAUGAAUCUAACAGCUCAGUUCCACAAUGACGCUAGCCUUACCUGCACCGUCCAGAGACCGUCAGCCAUGGAGAACCUGACUCUAACCCAGGUGGAGGAGGGGGAGAAGAACGUGACCAUGCUGUCCACCAUCAUCUCUACAUGGCUGGUCUGUAAUAUUGACUAUGARCACAUCCAACAGCUCUGGCGCAUCCUGGCUACGUACAGUGACGUUCCCAUGAGACUAGAGAGAGGGUUGAUGCUCUCCAAGACCCCAGACAUGGUCUACAAGUACACCCAGAUCAGACCAAAGGAGGGACGUGAUGAAAUCCACACAGACGUUGAGGCCGAGAUUAAGGCUUCACCCGCAUGGUUGAUGCAGGGAGAGGUCGACUUUCAGCUGGACCGCACUACAACCACAUUCUCCACCUUGCACAUUAAGUACAGGUCAGUGGUCAACCUGCGUGUGGAGAACAAGGUGUCGCAGAGGAGGGACCGUUACAGCUGGACCAUCAUCAAACGAGACAACCAGACYCAGACUGAGCACUCUGUCCUCAUAGGUGGGGUGGUGGAGCUCAACUGCCAGACUUUGGGGGAACCAAAACCCUCUGUAGAGUGGAUCUUAUCGGACGGCAGUAAGGUGCGGGCACCCUACUCCAGCGAGGACCGCAGGAUAGUGAUCACCGCUGAUGGCAGGCUGACCCUGAGAGGAACAGACACCUCAGACACUGGGCUUUACCGCUGCAUCGCCACUAACUACCUGGACGCAGACGUGCUCAGCUUCCGGGUCACCGUACUGUCUCCCGAUGUGGAGGAGGUGGAGGUCAACGGGGUCAAGCUCUCACGGCCUCUGGGCCAGAGCCUGGUUCUAGACUGUGGGUCCGCAGGCAGCCCUGAUGCCUCGGUCCAGUGGAUUCUACCUGACCACACAGUSCUGGAUAAAUCCUAUGGGAACAGGAAGCUCUAUAGGAACGGGACUCUAGGAAUWAAAGAUCUGACCUCCAGAGACCGGGGGUUUUACAGGUGUCUCAGUGCUAACUACCUGGGGGUGGACCUGUUGACGUCCCAAGUGACWGUCACUGGGGAGGGGUCCAKAAAGGUGACAGUGGUGGAUAGAGARGGGUCAGGGGCAGAGGCUGGGGUUGAGGUUACCGGGGCCAUAGAGGAGAGGGAGUAUUCCCACAGUGAGGUCCYUUCCUCCAGCYCCUCUGACAGAACCAUCCAGGAGUCCAGGACCAUCACAUUAGACAGGCCCUACCCCAGACUCAGGUCUUCCUCUCAGGGCAGAGGAUCAGGGGGCUCUUGGGGGAGAAGGAGGAGCCCAGCCAGCAGUAGACGCAUAUGGAGCAACAGGAGGGUAUUUGAUCAAGCCUCCAGGAAAGUAAACCCCCAGAGAUUUGCAGAGUUCAUGAAGAAGGCCCAAGGUGGUUUAACAACAAAGACAAAGAGUGUGAAAGAAAAAGGUGAUUCAGAGCCUGACAUGUCUGGGGACGRGGAUGCUGGAUCUGGGGAGGGUCUGUCUCAUGAGGACAGACUCAUUGUUUUACMAACCAGCGUCAUGCCAACCACAGAUACUCCAGAUGAAAGUAUGAUGGGUGUAACUGCACGCGUAGAGAAUUUAAACAAUCAGAGUAAUGUCAUGGCAACCACCGACAACAGUGAAACCAGUGUCAUGACAACCAUGGAGAUCCCAGAUGACAGUCGGACUAGUUUCACUGUAACAACAGAAAAUACUGACAGAGUUACAGCAGUGACGACAGAUUCAUACACCCGGUCAGAUGCCACACCCAUCGAGUCCACAUUCACCCACAGCAGCCACAGCACAGGCAGUAUCAAUGAMACUCAGGGUGAGGCCAUCGUUCAAUACAGCCCCAGAAUUAGUGGGUCUCGUGGUGAGUCGUACUCUYUGGAGAGGAACACGACAGUACCUCUGAGACAACCCGUCACGCUCCUCCUCGCCGUGACCAACACCACAGACGAGACCCAGAUCCUGUUCUCCAGAGAAACACCUGCAGAACCAGAUACCUCCACCGGGGCAGCGCUAUCGCUCCUCACCGAUCCCAAUGUCACCCUCGUGAUGGACAGUCCCAGAUCACCCCACAGAGAGCCUGAGAUCCACACAGCCACUGACCCAGACAGCCAGACCACCUUCACUGCAGUCACCACCACAGAGAGAGAGCAGGAUGAGAUCACCGUCCACACCACCCAGAGGAUCAAGUCCCCCCGUCUGCCUGCAGGCUCCACCAUCAUCUCCCGCCAGCAGAUCCACAUCAUCCCCCCUAAGAACGGCCGAGGAGGAGGAGGAGUAGGAGGAGGAGGAGGAAGAGGAGGGGGCCGGAGAAGGAACUUCCCUGGCAGGAGGAGGUUCAUCAAGCCCAACCGGAUCACAGACAUCCAGUCCAUCCUGAACAAACUCAAACAGCCCAACAUUGCGAAGAAGCAAGGCAACAGCACAGUUCCCUACACUAUGGAGCUGACCACAGACUUGAGCCAUGAGGAAGAGCCAAACGAUGAUGAUGGUGAUGAUGAUAGCCAUGAUGAUGAUGACAGUGGUGAUGUUACCAUGAUGAUGGAUGAUAUUGUUGACUGUGAUGAAGAUGAGAGAAGACAGGUGGUCAGCGGGUAG